CUAAUUCCCAUUGGCUAAAUAAAUCAUUUCGCGUUCCUUCAGCCGGCGAGAGAGGCACAAGGGGGAAGCAGGGUAGAAGCCAAAAAUGGUGAAAUUCCUCAAGCAGAACAAGGCCGUCAUCGUCCUUCAAGGACGUUACGCCGGUCGGAAGGCGGUCAUCAUUCGCGCCUUUGACGACGGAACUCGGGAUCGUGCUUAUGGUCACUGCUUGGUCGCCGGACUCAAGAAGUAUCCGUCGAAGGUCAUUAGGAAGGAUUCUUCUAAGAAGACUGCUAAGAAGUCCAGAGUCAAGGCCUUCAUUAAGCUCGUUAAUUACAGACAUCUAAUGCCGACCAGGUACACUCUCGAUGUAGAUCUAAAGGAUGUCGUCACCGUCGAUUCCUUGCAGUCGAAGGACAAGAAGGUCACAGCCGCUAAAGAGACCAAGAAGAGAUUCGAGGAGAGGUUCAAAACCGGCAAGAACAGGUGGUUUUUCACCAAGCUCAGGUUCUGAAGAGGCUCGUUCUGGAUUAUUCUCGUAUUAGGUUACUCAGGAGGUCAAUUUUUGUUUCUAAUUUCAUCUUUUGUUUUCGAGUAAUCGGUAGUUUGUUUUGGUGUUUAAUUUCUGUCUUGACGUACUCUAAUCCUUCGGAUGAGAAAUUUCUGGGUUUAUAAUGCUACAUUCGAGACUUCACUUCUGUUUCCAUGAGAGUAUUGUUAUUCA